AUGAGUUCAGCACAGAACUUUGACUCUAUAAGAGCCCACCCAAGGCGCCGUCCACUCAGGGCAACUCAACCCUCAGUCGACCCGUCCGAAGAACAAUCACCAUCCCUACCCUCGCGGCUCCGACUUCGCAAAGGUGAAACAUUUAACCCAUCCAUCCUUCGCGCUUCCGACCGUGACCCUUUUGUGCCCUCGCUACCUCGACGCUCUCCCACAUGCCCUGGCGCUUUGGAAGCUAUCGCCGCUGGACAACAGCGUAUGGCCGAAAUCUUGGACCGCCUUGACUUGAACGACGUCACACCGUCGACCUCCGAAGAUAAAGAGAACCUUCCUACCCCCAAGAGCUUUGCCCGGCUUCACCUUGAAACGCGGAAAGAGGGCUCUGUUGAGCGCUCACGCCAGCCCAGCCCGAUGCCCAAGGAACGUUCUCGGAGGGCUCAGAGAGUCCACUGCCAUGCUUCUGAUAGUGGAAUCGGCUCCUCUAUCAGCAGCAGUCAGUCUAUGUCGUCUAACAAAGUAAAAGCUGGCCAGCUGUCUCGUGGCAGCAACUCAGUCCUCACCCGUUCUCAAUCAGCCAUCACUCGUUCUAUCAGCGCCAUGGAGGUUGAAAGCUCCAAGAAGCACAAACUCAGCUCUGAUGGCUACGCGGAGAUUGAGAAGCACACCCUUGGCCCCCUUCUCGAAAAUGAGCGACUUAAGUCAUUCCACCCUAUUCUUGAAGAUGUCCGUCAACAGAUUGAAGAUGAACGCAUUUCCUGCUUGCGUGACCUUGAGAAGACGGUGUUCUCGCUCGCUCCGGCAGUCAAGACCACCGAUGCUGCCUAUGUUCGGUUCUGCCAGCAUACCAUUUUGUGCCUUGGCCAGACCGUCUCUUUCUUGAACGGCCGGGACUUGUGCACACCAACCGACAAGCCAUACAACAAUGGCUACUUUGUGGAUCUCUUGGAGCAGGUUUCGCAGUUCAAGAGAAUUCGCGACGAAUGGCGGAAGAAGCACGAGACCGAUGAAAAGCUGAAAGCCCCUGAACUCCGGCUUGAAGGCGGGAUCUCCAAAACUGGACGCCCUCUUGAAAUGGUCGUCGAGCAAGAUGGCGAGGCUGUCUCUCUGCGCACUGGGAAGCCUUACGAGGAUCACACUAUUCCUUCAAUGAAGCGGACUCUUAGCGCCGCGUCCGCGGACGAAGGUGCUCAGCGAUCUAUGGCUCGUCGCAAGAAGAAUGCGCCUCCCAUGAACAUCAACAAGAAGUGCAAGGAUUGCGACAAGGUCUUUGCCCGACCGUGCGACCUCACGAAGCACGAGAAGUCCCACUCUCGUCCUUUCAAGUGUCCCGUCGCUUCCUGCAAGUACCACACCAAGGGGUGGGCUACCGAGAAAGAGGCAGAGCGCCACUACAAUGACAAACACUCUGACGCACCCCGUUUGUACUCGUGCCAGUUUGAAUCUUGCUCUUACAAGUCUAAGAGAGAAAGCAACUGCAAGCAACACAUGGAGAAGACCCAUGGAUGGGUGUACAUGCGCUCCAAGAACAACGGCCGAGUAACUAAGCGGGCCUCCAUGCAACAGAGCCCCACCCCAUCCAGUGGCUCUGCCCAGCCCAAGCCCGAUAUCUGGAGCAUGACACCUCCCUCUGAGGUUGAAUUGAAGCAGGAGUCGGUUCACUGGGGUUCUUCAGCUCUCACACCGGAAACUCUAGAUUUCAAUAACUUUCAGCAUUCUGUGACUGGAAUGCCAACGCCGGUGACGGGCACAGUGGAUGCUGUUACCCCGACCACGGGUACCAUUAACUCGCCCUCUGAGCCAUUUGAUAUGCCACCACUAGAAAAUGCUCACAUUCCACUGGAUAUGUUCCCAGAGAUGAAGGACAACUUGUUGUUCACUGGAGGAGACAUGGACUUCGCAGACUUCGGCAAUAACCCAAACAUGUUCAAUGACUUCUACGGUGAUUUCACCUUACAGCCACAGGGAAUACAUUAUGGAGACGUGCAGCAGCAACCUCAAUUCGAAGACGACUCCGCUGGCUUUUUGCUUGAUGUCUACAAUGACAUGCACACCUACGGGAUUAACCCCGGCCCUGGAGGCGGCCUCUGA